AUGACUAACAAAAAUGGAAGCGAGAGAGGAAAGAGAAAUUCAAAGAAUGGAAAAUCCAAGUUAUUAGCACCAGGAAAUCUUAAUGAUCAGCGGAAAACCAUGUUUCGCAAGUCUCCAUGGUUGGCCCAUACUCCAUCAGUGGCUCCUAUUCCAUCGGUGGAUUCUACUCCAUCUUUAGCUCCAACUCCAUUGCUGGCUCCUAUUCCAUCUUCGGCUCCGACUCCAUUCUCAGCUCAUACUCCAUCGUCGACUCCUACUCCAUCUUCGGCUCAGACUCCAUCGCCAGCUCCGACUGCACCUAGUCAUACCUCUACUUCAGAGACUCCGAUAGAGGAAAAUGUGGAGGAAAGUGAUGAGGAGGACGAGGAGGAGGUGGUAGGUGAAGGAAAUGUGGAGGACGAGGAUGAGUUGCCACUAAGAGAUGAUGAUGGGAAGAUUAUUUUACGGAUCUGCGGUAAAGCACUUGUUCCUGGCAAAGAAGUAGCAGGUGCAAUUAGUUAUGCGAUACAUGACGCAUUUUAUGGCAGUUAUUAUAAUUGGACUGAAGUCCCCGGUGAUAUUAGAAACAAAUGGUUCGGCAUUUUUGCGGAAAAGGUAUCGUGGGAUCCUCGGGAUGACGCAUUCGUCAGGAAAUCCUUUGAAUCAAAGGGAGCCGUUCUACUAAAUGGCAUCAUAAGGAGGGAUGGUCUUGAAACUUAUUGGAAGAGUGAUGCGUUCAAGAAAUUGUCCGCUCAAAACAAGACCAAUCGAAGUUCAGCAAGAGGCGGAGCAGUCCAUUCCUCAGGCCGCAAGGCUCAUGUUGAUGUAGCACUUGAGCUUUCCCAAGAACUUAAAAGGGAUCUGCGUCCAGAUGAGUUAUUUUUAAAGACCCAUAAGAGGAAAAACGGCGAUUGGGUUGAUAAACGUGCUGAGUCUACUUAUACUGCAUUUAAAGAAAAGGCUGGAGAUGGUGUCGAGACGUUAGAUGGAGGGACGGUUAAUGAGAUAUGGACAAAUUGUGCUGGGGGUCGUAGUCGUGGUCGGGUCUAUGGAACGGCUGAUUUAGCUAUCAAUCUGAAGAAAGGAUCCACAAACUUUAUCAAACCAGCUAAAAGUUCUCGUGGAUCGAUGUUUAGGACAUCCUUGGAAUCAGAGAGAGCAGCUAGAGUUAGAGCUGAACAAGUGGCUGAGGCUACCGCAACUCGACUCCAAGAGGCAACCGAAGCUAUUCGGGUUUCAAAUGAGGCUGCUCGGAGGGCAGAAGAACAAGCUAAAAUGGCUACCGAGUUUGCUAAGAAGAUGGAGUCUGAGUUUGAUAAGAAGAUGGAACGUGAAAUGAAUGCUUUUAAGGCAUUUAUUAUGAAAACAAUUGGUACUAGACAUGGUGAAUCCACUAGUGCCGUCAUUCCACCGUCAAAUCCUCACUAUGAUGAAGAUUUGGAUGACCAAUUUUUAGACGAACCUUGAUCAUGCAGUGCUUAGUAGAAAUAGUUUUUGGGGCUGUUUUUUUUGUUGUAGUUUGAUCAUUUUUGGGGCUACAAAUUAGAACUCGGAUGUAUUUUUAUAGGAUAUGAUCUUUAAUGUAUACCGAGUGUUUGGGGCUGUUUCUUGUUGUAGCCAUGACUACGGUAUUUUGUAGUUUCUAUCUACUUUGUAAUAUUUGGAUAAUUGUUACUUUGAAUAUGCUGAUGAUGUCAAAAAAUUAUAUCUUUUUGCAUAUAAAUUUUAUGUUCUAUUGCUCUUUGA